GCGACACUCAGUGUGUGGUUGAGGGACCGAUUGGACCAGAAACAUGUCGCAGUACUCUGGAAAGAUCACCUUCUACGAGGGGCGGUGCUUCACCGGCAGGAAGCUGGAGGUCAGAGGUGACUGUGAUAACUUCCAGGACCGCGGCUUCAUGAACAGAGUGAACUCCAUCCGGGUGGAGAGCGGAGCCUGGAUCUGCUACGACCAUCCGGACUUCAGGGGGCAGCAGUACAUCCUGGAGCACGGAGAAUACCCAGAGUUCCAGAGGUGGAACUCCCACAACGACCACAUGGGAUCCUGCAAGCCCAUCCGCAUGCAUGGAGAGCACUACCGCAUCGAGCUGUUCGAGGCCUGCAACUUCUCCGGCCAGUGCAUGGACAUCUGCGACGACUGUCCCUUCCUGCAGAGCCGCGGCUUCUCCAAGAGCUGCAUCAACUCCGUCAGGGUCUACGGAGACGGAGCCUGGGUGAUGUACGAGGAGCCCAACUUCCGGGGCCGGAUGUACAUCGUGGAGCGCGGGAACUACUGCAGCCCGACGGAGUGGCAGGCCCAGAACCCCAACAUCCAGUCCAUCCGCAGAGUCGUCAACUACUUCUGAGCCUUCCUGUUCCUCCUCCUCCUCCUCCUCUUCCUCAGCAGGCAGAUCAAUAAACUGAGAAGAAUCCAGUUUUUUAUCAAA